AUGGAUUCUGUUGCUCGACCACCUCCAGCAUCUCACGCAAGAACCUUAUCGGCGUUAACCAACCAGUCUCUUGAUGAGCCCACGUCAGUUAUCCAGAAACAGUCAAGGCCUCAAGCCAUCAGGAGUAGAGUCUACAGUGGGUGGGUGAUAGCAAGAAAGUCCCGCAUCCCAUCAACAGCAUGGAAUAGACAAAGUAUUCUAGUCUUCGCAGACUUCAACACGUUCGAAAGUCCUCGAGGCAGUCGUUCACAACCUUCAUAUUCAAUAGAGCACGAUAUCGAUGACCUGGAAGAAGCCAGUUCUCCGCAAGACGAUGUCAAAUCGUUGGCGAGUAGUUCCUACAGCCUCGACAAAGAACUGCCGGAGCCUCCCUAUCACGUCUUCACUCUGGGAAAGAAAAAGCAGCUCGUGUACAUCGUGUCUCUUGCUGGGUUGUUCUCCCCGCUCUCAAGCAACAUAUAUUUCCCCGCUCUCGGACAGAUUGCUACGGAUCUCAAAACCAGCAUAUCACUCAUCAGUCUUACCAUCACGGUGUAUAUGGUCGUCCAGGGGCUCGCUCCGUCAUUUUGGGGUCCUUUAUCAGAUACUCAAGGGAGGCGAAUCACUUUCAUCGGCACUUUCGUCGUGUACCUCCUAGCCAAUGUUGGGUUGGCAUUCAGCAACAGCUUUGCAUCAUUGAUGGUCUUCCGAGGCAUUCAAGCAGCCGGAAGUGCUGCAACAAUCUCAAUUGGUGCCGGUGUGAUUGGAGAUAUCACAACUCCUCGUGAACGCGGUGGGCUUAUCGGCAUAUUUGGCGGCAUCCGGAUGAUGGGCCAAUCGAUCGGUCCUGUCGUUGGCGGGAUUCUAACACAAUUCCUUGGUUUCCGCUCAAUAUUCUGGUUCCUCUUCGCCCUCGGCUCAAUCGCUCUCUCGUUGAUUCUUCUCCUCCUCCCUGAAACCCUGCGCUCUAUCGCCGGGAACGGUGCUUUACGUCUGUCCGGAAUCCAUCGGCCACUUAUCUACAUGUUCUCUCCACCAUCCGAUAUUCUGAUCGACCGUGACCGAACUCCUGCAAAGAAGGUCACUCUCUCCAGCAUCAUCGCACCGCUGAAAUUCCUUUUUGAGAAGGACGUCUUUAUCACGCUGUUCUUCGGUAGCAUCGUAUACACGGUCUGGAGCAUGGUAACAUCUAGCACAACCUCCCUCUUCCAAUCUCGCUUUCACCUCAACAACCUCCAAGUCGGAUUGGCGUUCUUACCCAACGGCGCCGGCUGCGUUAUUGGCUCCUAUGUGACCGGCUAUCUCAUGGACCAUGAUUACCGAGUCAUUGAGUCCCAGUACCGCAUCGCCCAAUGCAUACCAGAUGACACGAUCUUGAAUAAGAAAGAUCUAGUUGACUUCCCAAUCGAGAGAUCCAGACUUAGGAAUAUCUGGUGGAUCGUCUCGAUUUUUAUCGCAGCAACUGCGGCAUACGGCUUCUCUUUCAACCUUAACCUCCUCGCAAUACCUCUUAUCCUCCAAUUUUUCAUUGCGUAUACGGCAACAGCUGUAUUCUCGCUUAAUAGUGCAUUGGUUAUUGACUUGUACCCUGGAGCGUCGGCUUCCGCAACUGCGGUCAACAACCUGAUGCGUUGUUCUAUAGGUGCGAUUGGUGUAGCGGUUGUUCAGAUUAUUAUCGAUAGAAUCGGAGUGCAGAAUACGUUUUUUGCCUUUGCGGCAGUGACGGCAGGGACGAGUCCGUUGCUGGUUCUAGAGUGGCUUUAUGGAGAGGGAUGGAGAAAGGAGAGGAGAGAGAGAUUAGAAGCCGAGGUUUAG